CAAUUCAGGAAAUACAGGAGAAAUUUGAAAAAGCCAUGGCUGAGCUGGACUUCAGGAGGGCUCGUAGCAAUGCAGUUAACAUCACUCUGGAUUCUGACUGUAAACAUCCCAAACUCUCACUCAAGGAUAAAAAUAGGGUCAUUUCCACUGCAGAGAAGAAAGUCGGCAGGGAUUUGAUAGUGGUGGCAAAUGAAGGAUUUUCAGAGAAGAAACAAUACUGGGAGGUGGAGGUGGAGGAGAAGCCAGAGUGGGAGCUAGGGGUGCUGAGUCAGAAUGAAAGGCAGAAACUGAAAAAUGAGAAGAUGGAGAAACCUCCUGAGAAGGAAUACUGGAGUUUGCGGCUGUCUGAGGGUCGAUAUCAUUGUAGUUGGAAAAGUGACACAAUCACCUCUGAGGAUAAAAAAUGCCAAGUGGUUGGCAUUUUUCUCGAUUGGGAAGAGGGAAUGAUCUCAUUCUACAAUGUAGAGCUAAUGUGCCCUGUUGUGUCCAUCACUCAAGAGUUUAAAGGAAAAUUGUACCCAUUCUUCAAUCCUGGCAAUGAUAAACAAUACCUAGGAAUACGCCCUGUCAGUGUCCCCAGCCCCUUAACUUCUCUCUGA